UGGCGGCGGGCGCGGCCUGACGGGGCCUGCGCGCGCGGCGGGGGCGGCCGUUGGGCCGUCUGUGGGGCGGCGGGCGGGCGUCAUGGCGUGCUCGCACAGCGUGGUGUUCCUGCUGGACACCGCCAGCCCGGGGCGGCGGGCGCGGCUCCAGCGCGGCGCCCUGCGGCUCCUCAACCACCUGGGCUGCCGCUUCGGCCUGCCCCGCCUCCGCUGGGCCUUCAGGUUCUUCGACUCGCUCGGGGGGCGCGGCGGGGCCUCGCGGGGCGGCGGCUUCCGCCCGCCGGGGCCCCACGCCUGGGCCCGCUUCGAGGAGGAGCUGGCGGAGCGGCUCGGGGCGCGGGGACCCGCCGCCGUCCUGCCCGGGCCGGCGUCCCGCGCCGCCCUCACCCACAACGGCCUCAAGGAGACGCUCCUCGACUUCCAGUGGGACCGCCCGGAGAUCGCGUCCCCCGCCAAGCCGCUCCGCCGGAGCCGGAGGACGGGGCCGGGCGCCGAAGAGCCCCCGGAUAGCCAGACGCCCCCCGAGGGCUUUGUGAACGCCGUCUUCCUCUUCUCCCCCUGCCCCCACUCGCGGAGGGAGCUGCGGCAGUUCGUGUCGGGGAGCGACGCCCCUUCCUCCCCUCGUGACCCGCCCACGGCUCAGGAGCUGGCGGAGAAACUCCUGCCCAAGACUGUCCAGGAGUUGAUUGUGGACCAGAAGAUCACCCUGUUCUGGGUGGACACUGCCGAGUGGCCUCAGCUGAUCCAAUCCCCAGAUCAUGUUGGAUACUGGACAAUGUUUGAACUGAUCCAUCAGAUGGGAGGCACCAUUUUGCAGUCUGAAACUUUAGUGCAAUGUUUGAGUCACCACAGGGCAGAUCUUGCUCAUGGUUUUCUUGGAGACUCAGGUUCCCCAGUGCCACAGACUGUGCCUUGGACUAUGCUUCUGCCAUUGGAUUCAACUUUGAACUGCUUGUUCUCAAAGCCGUCUGUGUUUCAAGCAGUAUUCCCUCAGCAAGAAGGAACAGUGUUUCUCAGCAUGCCUGGAGGAAAGAAGCAGGAAAGCUGUGCUGUGGUCCUGGAACCCCUAGCCAUGAGCCAAAGACAGCUGCAUUGUCCAGUCAAUAUCUUCCUGAAAGGUAGCUUGACGUCUUGGAGCUUGACGCAGGCUGGCCACUUUCUCACAGAGAGCUGGAUACUGCAGAGCUCACCGGCUGAGCAGGCAGAACGUAACAGGUCACUGUUUCAUCAGCUCUUAAGGAGUCUAGUGACUGAAGAACUGCACAUGGUUGCUGAGGUAUCUCUAUGUAAAACUUGGUGCCCCUGCACGGCUGUCUUAUCACCACUUUCUGAGAGCACUGCAGUUCUGACUAUACUUGGCACUGAGAAGACUGCUGAAGUUCAGCAGUGCAACCUUGAAGGAGCUGUAGUGGAGAACUCUUCCCAAGACCAUGCUCUUCACAUCCCAGAUGUUGUGAAUAGUGUGUUGAGUAAAAUUAACACAUCGGUGGAAGAUUCUCUGGCCAGUAUGGGAGAAGAAACUCCUAUGCCAGAGUGGGUCGAACGGGAACUGUCCCAUACAGGGGGCUGGCAUCCUUCAAUGCUUGAAGCAUGGUAUCCUGCAUCAAAUGCUUGUGGAGCAAGCUCAGAUCUGAUGGAGUCAUUCAGUCUCCUGCAGGUUCCUUGUGCUAAUGGGAAGGAUGAUGCAGACCAAUCUGAAGUGGAACUCUCGGAAAGGCUAUCUGAGCUGUACCAGAGAAAAUUCAGUGAAACAUCUGCUGCAGCUGGACCAGGAAAUAAUAAAAGAAGACGUGGGGUUCCCCGAACUCCAGUGAGGCAGAAGAUGAAGACCAUGUCCAGAUCCCUGCAGAUGCUCAACGUAGCAAGACUGAACGUAAAAGCUCAGAAGUUUCAACCUGAUGGUGUGCCAUCAACAGUCAAUGAGAAGGUUCCGCAGAAGCUUUCAUCAAAAAGAUUGGAUGAAAAAGUGGAAGAAAAGGAAAAGGCACUUAAAAUAUCAAUAGACUUCAAAACUGAGGAGGAACUGCAGUUCCAUUUAAUUGCAAGCUACCAGAAGGCUGUUGCUGAGGGAGUUCUUUCAUCUGUGUGUGCCCAGAAUAUGAUUAUGGUCAUUAAAAGGUUCUUGAAAGUACAAGAUACCAAAGAGAAAGAGGUGGCCUGUGUGGAAAGAGUUAGAAACCAUCUCCUGAAGACCAGCAAAAUGCUCAGACAACAGCAUGGCUUACAGAAGGAGGCCAAAGUCAGAGAGUGCCGACUUCAGGUGUUUUUGCGCCUUGAGUUAUGUCUUCAGUGCCCUUCACUGCAAAGUAACACUGACAAAAUGGAGCAGCUGUUAGAAGAGAUGACAGAUAUGCUGCGCAUUUUAUGUCUGACUGAAGACCCAGGGUAUCUUACAAAGUUUCUAGAGGAAAUAUUAGAAUUGUAUGUGAAUUCUAUACCAAAGACCCUUGGAGAUAUUUACUAUGGUCUUGGUACACAAAUACCCCUGAAGCUGGCAUCUGUUCUGCCUUCAGACUUCUUCAGUGAUGACUCUGUGACUCUGGAUAGCAAAUCUCCAGGCCUUCCACCAUCUUUAUCAUCUGCCUUAACUCCCAGUGCUGUUCACCUACUCACUGAGAGUGAUCAGCUGGAGGAGCUGCGCACCAGAUCUGCCAAAAAGAGAAGGAAUAGUGUAUUAGCCAGACACAGGAGCAUGACAGAAGCACCACAGAACCUGCGUCAAAUUGAGAUUCCCAAGAUAACCAAGAAUCCCAUCAGAAAGGAGAACUUGUGUUCUUACCUUGCCACUGAGAAGUCCCAACAGAUGCCUUUGUUGCAGAAAGCAGCAGUGCAAGAGGUUACAAAGGUAAGGAGGAACCUCUUCAAUGAAGAAAUACUUUCACCAUCGAAAAGGUCUAUGAAGAAGAUGCCUAGAAGCCAGUCAGUAUCUGCUGUGGAAGGCUUAAGUUACAAAUGCACUGAUGAAGGCACUAAAGAUCAUCGCAAGUUAUUGACCAAGAGAGUUGCAGAAACACCACUACAUAAGCAGGUCUCCAGGAGGCUACUACAUAAGCAGAUCAAAGGCCGGUCUUCUGAUCCAGGUUGUGACACUGGUGUUGUAGAAGAAUCUCCAGAGAAAGCCAUAAAUGAAGCAGGCUUGAGAAGAAGCCCACGCAUCAAACAGCUGUCUUUGAAUAGGACCUGCUCUGGUGUUUUCUAUUCCACUACACAGCCCAGCUCACAAAAUUCACACCGAGUCCAUCAGGGACAAGAAGAGAGCUGUACACUGCCAGAUGUAGAAGGCAUUAAGCAGCAUUCAGAGAGCCCCACUGUCCAGACUCCCAAGAGGUUUUUCUUUGGUGCAGUCAUUGACGUGUGUAGUCCUGCAGUGAAGCAUUCACCUGGAAGGAGGAGAACAAGAAAAGAUUCUUUAAACUUAGAGGAGCUGACUGCCUGUCAGACUCCUAGAAAAACACCUCAUAAAUUUUCCCAGAAGCCACUGAAUUCUGCCAGUAAGCUACCAAGGAGGUCACCUCGCAUUCUCCACAGGACACCACAGAAUCUGGAGAAGACUGUUGGCAAAAGUCCAGCUGCUAAGCAGACUGCAGCUAAGUGUCUGGGAAAGUACUUUUCUCAUCCUGUACAAAGGGUCAAAUCGCCAUCUGCGUUAACUGAAAGUAAGAGGGUUCACUUACUGCAAGUAAUUUCUAAGGAUUGUUCUCCAGCAGAAGGACUUUCCCCUCCUUGCAAAGAGGCUGGCUUACAAAUACCAGAACCUGAAGGGUUUGCAGUGCUCAAUGCCUCAUUAUUACCUCUGACACCUUCAAAUCCAGCUGCUUCUUCCCCCUCUGCUGUCCAGGAAAGAUGUUUUACAGAACUGCAAACUCCAACAAGACGUUCUUCGAGAUACCUCUCAAAAUUAGCAUCUCCAGUUAGUACUUGGAGGCAAAUCCUCUCAAAGGAAAUUCAGGUGCAGUCAGAUCCGUUAUCUCAAGCAAUUAAAAGUACUCCCAGGAAACCUGAAGAUCCAGGUUCAAAAUUAUGUACCAGCCCACUGGGUGCAAAAAUAUCACAGCUCGCUGUGAGGCUAGAGCCUCCCUUCAGUUCUCCUCUCUGUGAAAGUUCCACGAGCACUGUAACAAUCUGCUCUCCUUCCCACACGCAGGCUAGGGAGUCUGACCGGGAGCUUAGUGCAUUUAAACCAUCUUUUCAAAAAUCUCCAGGUAUUACUGGCACUUCACUGAGGUCCCUGCUUCACACAUCCAAGCAGGCCAAAUGUGGACCAAAUUCUGGAGGAGAGAACCUCACACUUGCAUGUGCAACACCACCUGAAAAUAAGGACAAUCAUCAUGAUAGUGGUAGUAACUCUUCUGUAGAAAGCCUUCAGCUUUGUCAGUCCCCAGUUACAGAAGAUAGCCCUUUAUCAGAGAAAAAUAAACAGAUGGAUGUAGUGUCUCAGAAGUCUUUUCCAAGAGAGGAAGCAGAAGACUUGGAAAAGCAUUUGUCUCCAAAGCCUUCUGCUGGAGGGCAGGUAUAUGCACAGAAUGCUGAGAUAGAGUGUGAGCAAUUGGUUAAGGAGGGAAACUCCAGUGCAAACACCUGUGAGUCAUUCCUAAGUGGUUCUCAAACAGUUAGUGAUGAGUUGGAACCAAGAACCCUGCUGAGAGAAGAAUAUAUGGGGCUGAAGGCUCCAAGUCUUAAGAGACAUUCCAGAUUUUCCCUGAAUACUACACCUCCUAUGCCAAAGUCUGCUCCUGCCUAUUCUUUACGCUGCACUGCAGACAGGAGGCAGCGGGAGGCUGCAGCACGGAUGGGAAAUCCUCAACUUCUAGCCAAGUUCUCUACUCCUAAAAGUCGUUGCAAACUGCCUUCUGUUAGCACACCGACUUAUGAGGUUGAACUUGAAAUGCAAGCUUCAGGCCUGCCCAAACUUCGCAUUAAGAAAAUUGGCUCUUGCUCAUCGUUGGAAGUUCAACCUGAAGCAAAUGCCAGCAAACCCAAGGGAGGAGAAAGCCCCUUUGGUGAUCUUGCUAUGACCUGGUGUAGCAAGCACCCGGGAAAACUAGCAGCUGCCUGUGUUUCGCCAUCCUGCUUUCGCUCUUUCCACAGUACACCUGGGAAAGGUAGAGGACAGACCUACAUAUGCCAGUCAUACACCCCAACAAGCUGUGCCUCUAACGCCACCUCGCCAUCCCCCUUAGAAGCAGGAGUUCCCUGGACGCCUUCUCCAAAGCAGAAAGGGAAGACUACCCCUGAUGCUAUCAACGAUUGGCCUCGGAGAAAGAGAGCAGCAGGCAGUACUGCUAAUGCUAGCUGUGGUCAAAGUGAGAAGAAUGCUGAUGAACAGAAAAGAAUGUCAACAGGCAGAGAAGGAGAGAUGAAGACCUUGGAGCAUUGUAGCAGCAAAGUAACAAAUACUCUUGGGGAAUUUGAACUGGAAGGGAUCUACAGGCUCCAGGACCAGGCAUCUCCUAGUGACUCUGAAUCCAGGGCUGAUGAGGACUCUGCCAUGGGAACUUUUGGCUUGAAAUCUCGGAAGCGGGUCUUUACGUAUCUAUCACCAGAAAAGGAGGAGAAUCAUGAUGCCAAGAGAUCUUGCACUGAUAGGGGCAACUUGGAUCUCACUGACUUUUCCAGAGAUGAGGGCAACAGAAGCAAAUCAGGGAUGGACUCUGUACUUCCUGAGAGACAAGGAGCAUGUGCGCUCAUAACCCUUGAGCAGUGCAGUUGUGUAGGGGAUGAUGAUGUCUUCCUUUUGUCAGGCUCAACUCCACCAGUGAAGAGUGUGCUCUCUGCUACCAGCCUUCUAGCACUGACCCAGUCUCCGCUGUUGUGCCAGGGGCAAACACCACCAUCUCGGAGAAAGUGUGUUCAAGAAGAGGAAUCUGAUGCUUUUGAAAUUACUGCCAACCAGGAGCUGUCUCCAUUCCACAUCAUGGCUUCCAGGAAGCAUCCCCUUAGCAGGACUUACUCACGGAAAAAGCUGCUCAGCUGAAGUUUGGAGCCACAACAGUAUGGGAAACUUUGCGUUAUUCCAGCUAUACAACAUUGUUUUUAACAAGGACCGUAUAUUUGGUGCUGGACUGGAGCUGUUUUGUGUUGGUAGGAGACUGGAUGCAAGCGUAUGACAGUGGAAAUAAGGCCCCCUCUCAAAGUUUGGGGGUUUUUUUAACCUCAAUUGCAGCAUCUCUCCACCCAUUCAAAGCCUAGCUCAGUCUUUCUGGUACUUCUCCUGCACGGGGUAGCUGAGUUCUGCAGUGAAGGUUCAAUUCUGCUAUGUAAAGAGGGAGAAUUGUCACUUUUCUGCAGUGAAGGUUCAAUUCUGCUAUGUAAAGAGGGAGAAUUGUCACUUUUCUGCAGCUUUCUUGUAAAAUAAACUGAUGUGAAUUUUCA